CAACCCAUUGGUAUGGGAUCACUCCUGCUACAAGUGAAGAUAUGCCAGAGGAAGCUGAACUGAUCCAGACCAGAAAGAUGGUUGAAGAGCUGAAAUCAUGUGGUGUAUUUGAGAUCGGCACAAAAAAGCAGCACAGAGAAAAUGUUGUCAAGAGUCUGGAGUCUCUCUAUAAGAAGUGGCUCACAGAGACCUGUGAACGUAUGAAUUUACCUGAAGUGGUGACAGCAAAGGUUGGAGGCAAAAUCUUCCCAUUUGGCUUCUAUCAUCUGGGAGCUUACUCAAAAGGUUUGUAA